AUGGCAUCGGAUGCUUCAAUCUUCGACGACAAUUUGACCCAGCAGGAUCGCAGCACGUUUGAAAUAUCCUCCGGGCUUUACGUGACCAUCCAUGGCAUCCUGAACAUCUACAACUCGCAAUCAACCAGUUCCAGGGUGACCUACGAGCCCGAUCUGGAUGUGCAGACCGGUGACGUGGCUGUGUCUGCAGAGUUGAAGGACCUCCUCAGCCAAGUUAUCGCCCAGAAUGCGUCGAACGGUCAAAUUCAUGCGACGGUCAUGCUGCUGGUCGCCAAAGGGCACAUGAAGGUUGACGAGGUGCGGCGUGGCACGGAGUACUUGGAGGCUGAGGUCUACAAGAAUGCGUCAUACUACGAAAAGUGGGCCAUUGCUGUGGCCAAUGCCAUGCUCGAGCAUCAGGUGCUCAGCAACCAGGAACUCGCUGAAGCGCUGGGGCCCGACCGCGAGGAUCCGGUGCAGCGGUUCUCCCCUGGAGACGUCGUUAGGGUGCGCCAUGCAUCUCAUGCGACCCGGUGGCGCCGUCCUCACUUGCGAACUCCUGGCUUCAUCCAUGGCGUUUGUGGUACGGUGGACCGCUGCGUGGGAAGUUUCGACAACCCAGAGCAGCUUGCCUUCGGCGGCAGAAGCUGGUCGAAAUGCCCGCUGUACAUAGUUCGCUUCGAUGCUGGCAGCAUCCAGGACUUCGAAGCAGGCGAGAGAGGAAAGGACCAGGUGACGGUAGACAUCUACCAGAGCUGGCUCGAGCCAGCAGACGCUGCUGCGCUCCAGCAGCAGCGGACGAAGCGCUCUGCGAGCACUGGCCCCGGCGAUGCUGAGUUUCACCCAGACUGCAAGAGAGCCCGUACCGAGAAUCACCCGGGGCAUGAGGGCCACGACCACGUUCACGAGGAGCGGCACACUGUUGAGCAGCGCGCCGUAGAUGAGGAGGUUGCCUGCCCCGCAAUUGCCCGCGCAUUGGUGUCGGCUUUGCUGAGCAAAGGCGUCAUCGCCGCGGAGGAGCUUCGAGUCGGCAUUGAGAAGGUGGAUGCAGGAGAGCAGCAGCGAGGAGCAGUCGGACGUCGCGUGGUGGCAAGGGCUUGGACGGACGAGACGUUCAAGUCCCGGCUGCUCUCUGAUGCCAACAGCGCGUGCUCGGAGCUGGGGAUCUCAGCGACGAAUCCGACGGCACCUACGCGGCUCGUGGUCUUCGAGCAGAAGCCUGAGGAGCACCACCUGAUCGUCUGCACCCUCUGUAGCUGCUACCCGCUGACCUUGCUGGGGCUCUCCCCAGAUUGGUACAAGUCUCGAGAAUACCGAUCACGCGCUGUACGUGAGCCUCGCUCCGUGUUGAAAGAGUUCGGAACCGACAUUCCUGCUGACAUGCAGGUGGUGGUGCAUGAUUCCACCGCCGACUGCCGCUUUCUGAUUCUUCCAAAUCGUCCGAAAGGUACCGAGAACUGGUCGGAAGAGAAGCUGCAGGAAAUCAUCACGCGCGAUUCCAUGAUCGGUGUCACUCGUUUGCCUGACGCGGUGUGA